UCCCCGCUUCCCGCUAUGCUCUGCGCUUCUGGCCGCCUCCUAGCCACCACGCUUCCCGCCUCGCCCCGUGGGCAGCGGAGAGAACUAUAUCUCCCAGGGCACCCCGAGCAGCCCUCUUGUGACUCCUUGGCGGGGCGGCUGACAAGACCGAGCGUGCCUCCGCGCCGGAGGGCGAUCCUGAGGAGGGGGAGGAUGCCGCCGGCCUUGUGCGGAUGCUUGGUAGGGUCCGAGCUGCGUCCCCGAAGGGGCCGCUGCGGGGUCCCUGCUUCCAAGGCCAUGGGCCGGGAGGUGGCGGCCGAGGCUGCAGCGCGAGGCCCCAAACGGCCCGUUCUGGGCUCGCGGCGCUUCGAGGCAGCCGGCCGAUGGGCCCUGCUGGCUCUGGUGACGCUACUGUCCUUUGCCACCCGCUUCCACCGUCUAGAUCAGCCGCCGCACAUCUGUUGGGAUGAGACUCACUUUGGAAAAAUGGGAAGUUACUAUAUCAACCGUACCUUUUUCUUUGAUGUGCACCCGCCAUUAGGAAAGAUGCUGAUAGGCCUUGCUGGCUACCUGAGUGGAUAUGAUGGUACAUUUUUGUUCCAGAAGCCUGGGGACAAAUAUGAGCAUCACAGCUACCUGGGAAUGAGAGGAUUCUGUGCUUUCCUUGGUUCCUGGCUGAUUCCCUUUGCCUACCUCACUGUAUUGGAUCUGUCCAAGUCCCUCCCAGCAGCACUACUCACUGCCACCCUUCUCACCUUUGACACAGGAUGCCUCACUCUGUCCCAGUACAUCCUCCUUGACCCCAUCCUGAUGUUCUUCAUCAUGGCUGCCAUGCUGAGCAUGGUCAAGUACAACUCCUGCGCUGACAGGCCUUUCUCUGCCCUCUGGUGGUUCUGGCUUAGCCUGACUGGCAUCAGUCUCGCUGGUGCUUUAGGGGUCAAGUUUGUUGGCCUCUUUAUCAUCCUGCAAGUGGGGUUGAACACCAUUUCAGACCUUUGGCACCUGUUUGGAGACCUCAGUCUUUCACUGGUAACUGUGGGAAAACACCUGACUGCUCGCAUCCUGUGCCUCAUUGUGCUGCCCCUGGUGCUCUACAUGGCCAUUUUUGCUGUUCAUAUCACAGUGCUGAAUAAAAGUGGUCCUGGUGAUGGUUUCUUCAGUUCUGCCUUCCAGGCCCGGCUUUCAGGGAACAACCUUCACAAUGCUUCCAUCCCUGAACACCUGGCGUAUGGCUCUAUGAUCACUGUGAAGAACCUUCGGAUGGCCAUUGGCUACCUGCAUUCCCACAGGCACCUCUACCCUGAGGGAAUUGGUGCCCGCCAGCAGCAGGUCACCACCUAUUUGCACAAGGACUACAACAACCUGUGGAUUAUCAAGAAACAUAACGCAAACUCAGAUCCCCUAGACCCUUCUUUCCCAGUGGAGUUUGUGAGACAUGGAGACAUCAUUCGAUUAGAACACAAAGAGACUUCUCGGAACUUGCACAGUCACUACCAUGAGGCCCCCCUGACCCGGAAGCACUAUCAGGUCACUGGCUAUGGCAUAAAUGGGACAGGGGACUCAAAUGAUUUCUGGCGGAUUGAGGUUGUAAACAGAAAAUUUGGGAACCGGAUCAAAGUGCUGAGAAGUCGAAUUCGCCUUAUCCAUCUGGGCACAGGUUGUGUCCUAGGCUCCUCAGGAAAGGUUCUGCCCAAGUGGGGCUGGGAGCAAUUGGAAGUUACUUGCACUCCAUACCUAAAAGAAACCCUCAACUCCAUCUGGAAUGUGGAGGACCAUAUCAAUCCCAAAUUGCCAAACAUCAGUCUGGAUGUGUUGCAGCCCAGUUUUCCUGAGAUCUUGCUGGAGUCCCACAUGGUCAUGAUUCGGGGGAAUAAUGGUCUCAAACCCAAGGACAAUGAGUUCACAUCCAAACCCUGGCACUGGCCUAUCAACUAUCAGGGCCUGCGCUUCUCAGGGACUAAUGACACAGACUUGCGAGUCUAUCUGCUGGGAAACCCGGUGGUUUGGUGGCUGAAUCUGGUGAGCAUUGCCCUCUACCUCCUCUCAGGGAGCACUCUUGCCAUCGCCAUGCAGAGAGGGGUGCAGCUGCCUGCAGAGCUGAAAGGUCUUUCUGCGAGGAGGCGGCCAGGUGCUGCUUGGCUGGGUGCUCCAUUACUUCCCAUUCUUCCUGAUGGGCCGGAUCCUCUACUUCCACCACUACUUCCCAGCCAUGCUCUUCUCCAGCAUGUUAACAGGCAUCCUGUGGGACACCCUCCUGAGGCUUUGUGCCUGGGGCUUGACCUCCUCUCCUCUGGCCAGGAGUGUCCAUGCUGUGGGAAUCCUGAGCCUGCUUCUGGUAAUUGCUUACAGCUUCUACCUCUUCCACCCUCUGGCUUAUGGGAUGGUUGGUCCCCUAGCCCAGGACCCCCAAAGUCCAAUGGCAGGACUAAGGUGGCUGGAAUCAUGGGACUUUUGAGGCCACUACCAGGACCCCAGCCUGGGUUCAGGAACUGCCUCAGGAUAGCCAGCUGUGGAGCCAGUCCCUGGACCCUACCAGCUUCAGAGGAGCUGCCUGAGGAGCCCAAAGCAUCUGCUGCUGCCAGGACUAAGCUCUGGGAGUGAACCCAGAUUUCACCCUACACUAAAGAGCCACAGCCUGUCAGCAGUACCCACAGAGGACAGUAUCUCUUGUGCCCAAUUCCCUGAGAGUGCAACAUAAGGGAGGAUGAGUAUUCAAGAGGGAGUGUGGGAGUGUACAUUUUUCCAGAUCCUUGUGGAAUCAGACCA